AUGUCGAGAAGGGACGUUUCGUACAUACAAUCCAGACUCGACGCGCUCCAGGAGGUCGACGUCCGGCUCGUGUCGAUGCUGGACAACCUGUCGACGACGCUCGGCCUGCUCAAGAGCCACAAGGAGGCCGGCGUCGCGAACGAGGCCGAGUUCAAAAACGCCGCCUCUGGCUUCUACGCUGAGCUCAGCCGCGCUGCCGUGAGUCUGAGCAAGGAGGUGAAAAUCAUCAACAACAAGGUCACGUCGCAAACGGGCGAGCUCGACCUUUUGCCCGUCCAGAUAAAUAAAAAAUCUGUCUGGGUGAACGAUGCCAAGCUUAGGGAGGAAAUCCAGCAUCUGGACCAGCUCGCGGACUUCAAAAACAUCGAGGUUCCGCCAGACGAGCCGGAAAGACCCGAGGGUUCGCCCCAAGACGACAAAAAGAUCCCAGAAACCAUCGACUUAGACGCUAUCGACAUGAGCGACGCAAAUACAUAA